AUGACCGGUCGCCUGAUUCGGGCGUUUGAUUCUUCGUGUUCUGCACCACUUCCCAAGGGACAGCUGCCGACCGGGGAAGACCUUACUGUGGACUACCGCAGUGGACCAAUCUUGAUUGCCAACAUCGGACUGAGCGAAGAUCUGGGCUUUCUCGAGCGUGGAGACGACCUGGUCAUCUCCGAGGCGGCUGAUGGAACUUUGAAGAAGGUCCAUUCCAGAGAAUGCCUGCACGCCACGGCCUGGGAACAGUCGAAUCUGGUCUGGCUUUACACGCUCGUAGACGCUGGUCAGGCUCAGCAAAAUCUUCCGAGCACGUACCGAGAGAAAUGGCGAUUGAACCAAGACUGGAACAGCAUUGUGUGA